AAAUGUCCUUAACGUUCACAUCGGUAACUAAAUAUGAUUUUGAUAAAAUAUGUAGAACUUGUUUAGAAUUCAAGCAAGGGAUGAUUUCCAUCUGCACAUCUGAAUCAGAUGUUUUACAAAUGUUACAAAUUUUUACAACAAUUAAGAUAAAUGAAAAUAAUGAAUUACCGACACAAAUUUGUAAUGAUUGUAUUUUUAAAACUUACCAAACAAUUAAUUUUAAAAAACAGUGUGAACGAUCCGAACAAUAUUUAUUAGAAUUAUUAAAUGAACAGACCAACGAUGAUAAAAAAUGGUUUAAAAAUACAACAACAGACAAAGAUAACACUAUUGAAAAUAUAUCAAUAAAAAGUGAAAAAGAAAAUGAACUUGAUAUCAAAGAUGAGCCACAUCAAUUUAAGGAUAAUGAUGAUGAUGUAAUAAGUGAUAAUGAUAAUAAUUCAAUGAUCAGUAGUGAUGAUGAUAAUAAUGAUAAUGAUGAAUUAAAAGUAUUAACGGAUGAUAGUAUUAACGUACAAUAUAAUAAUGAUAAUAAUAGGUUAUCGUUACGUAAAGCUCGCAUUAAUUGGUUACAAAGUUUAAGUACAGAUCAAUGUGAUUUAAGAUUCUAUGAGAAUGGUAAUUAUCAAAGACAUAUGCAGCGUCAUCAACGAGAUGCUAAGUAA